UUCACAACAGAUGUGCAAACCAGGAUUAAGAGCAAGGCAGGAAACAGAGAUUUAACACUGUUGUAUGAUGAAGCCACUUAUUUCUGUCUUUGUCUUAAUGUUAGGCAGUUUUUAUACUGAUAAAUGAUCAUUUAAGCAUGGAGUCUUCAGAUGUUGCAGAGCAGCUUCUUUUUAAUCAAUCAGCAAAUGUGCCUGACAUAACCGCAGUGACAAUUUCAUAUCUUUUUUGUAUUUUUGCUGGCUCUUUGUCAGUUCUCAUAUUCUUUGGAAACCUACUUGUAAUAAUGUCUAUUGUUUACUUCAAACAGCUCCACACUCCUACAAACUUCCUGAUGCUCUCUCUGGCUGUGGCUGACCUGCUAGUCGGACUUUUAGUUAUGCCUUUCAGUGUUGUGCUUUUUGUGAGCUCAUAUUGGCGUCUUGAAGAUUUACUUUGUAAAGUGCGAGGCAGUUUAGAUGUGUUACUGUGCAGUUCUUCCAUUUGGAAUGUGUGGUGCAUUUCUGUUGACAGAUAUUACGCAGUGUGUCAGCCUCUGAGAUACAGAACUAAAAUAAAUGUCCGCGUCGUUUGGAUCAUGAUCAUGGUUUCCUGGAGUGCCGCCACUCUAAAUGGAAUUAUGCUCUCAUUAAAGGCUCCAGAAAAAGGACAGAAAAACAACAAACGUGCUUCCAUUGAAGUUCAAACACAGAAGACAACAGUUGUGGCUGCUGUUUUUGGAUUUGGCCUCCCAGCUGUAACAAUAUCUUCAAUCUACCUAAAGAUUUUGAUGGUAGCACAUAAACAGGCACGCAGCAUCCUAAACAUGGAUAAAUCUGGUGCAAAUGUCAGUAAAAUGGAGAGAAAGGCGACUAAAACUCUAGCUAUUGUGGUGGGAAGUUUUCUCAUGAGUUGGACUCCUUACAUUUUUUGCAUCAGCUUUUAUCCUUUGAGCAAUUAUACAAUACCAGUUAAUGUACUUCAAACAUUUAAGUGGCUUGGAUGGUCAAAUUCAAUGUUAAAUCCAUUUAUUUAUGCUUUCUUUUACAGCUGGUUUCGAUCAGCUUUUAGGAUGAUCAUUACAGGGAAAAUAUUUACAGAUGAUUUUUCUAAUUCUAAACUCUUUUUCUAA